AUUAAAUGGGCGGACUCGGAGGCGCGGUCACGGUCAGACCGGCUCCGGUGGGUUUGAGUGGCACAUAAAAGUACUCGAGCCGCCGGCCGACCGGCGAAACUCUGCCUCUCCUCUGUGAAACCGGAUCGGAGCUGACUGACACCGGGGAUCGGAACCAGACCGGAACAAACCAGCCACACAGCUUGAAGGCUCCUGCUGGAUCUGGACAUCAACGAAUAUCCAAGAAGGUCACCCUCCACCUCACCACGGCCUGCCUUGCGUGGGAUGCCGGAGAGCAGAAGAGCGGGGGUGGAGAUUUGAUGCCACUUGGCAACGUUUAAAGGUGUGGCAUAGUAAAUCAUGGGGGAUUCAGUCUUCAACUGCUGUUAUUUCCCACCCCAGCCCCCAGGCGCGGAGGAAGCCCAGCGAUCCAGGCGCUCAGAGAUCAUGGCCUCCCAUCCAGCUCACAUCUCCCCAGACAGGCGCUUCCUAAUCUUCUUUGACUUCGACGAGACCAUCGUUGAUGAAACCAGCGACGACAUGGUGGUGCAGGCCGUUCCGGGUCAGCACCUGCCUGAGUGGCUGACAAACACCUAUCAGCCCGGCCGCUACAACGAAUACAUGCAGCGGGUGCUGACCUACCUGGCGGAGCAGGGCGUCACCGAGAGCGACAUACGCAGCGUCAUGGAGAAGAUACCGGCCACCCCCGGCAUGCUGACCCUCUUCCAGUUCCUCCGCACCCGGCCCGCGAAGGACUUUGAGGUGGUGCUGUUGUCCGACGCCAACACCUACUUCAUCGAGUGCUGGCUCCGGCGCGUCGGGGCCCGCCAGCUCUUCCACAGGAUCUUCUCUAACCCUGCCACCUUCAACAAGAACGGGCGACUGGUGCUGCGGCCCUUCCACUCCCACGACUGCCCCCGGUGCCCCGACAACAUGUGCAAGCAGGUCAUCGUCAGGGACUAUGUGGCCCGCAGGACGCAGGAGCGCGGCCGCCCAUACCAGAGGAUCUUCUAUGUCGGGGACGGAGCUAAUGACUUCUGCCCCGCGCUCUCCCUUGGGCCCCGGGAUGUGGCCUUCCCGCGGCGGGAUUUCCCCAUGCACCGGCUGAUCACGGAGACCCAUGAAGCCCAGCCAGGGGAGUUCAAGGCUGUCACGGUGCCUUGGGUGAGCGGGGAGGAUGUGGCGCAGCGGCUCAGGAAACUGGUGGCAGAAUAGCGGGUCACCUCACACCUAAAGAGAGUAGCUCAGAGAGGGGUAUUUAAGGGGGCAGCUGACAUUUUAGUCAUUCUCAGGUAAAAUAUUCCUAGAAACUAUUGUGCAAAAUGAUAAGAUAAUUUGUACUGUUUGUAAGGUUCAUUGUGUCUAUCCUGGAUCCAAGCACAUGCAUCAGUCCAGGAUCUCACCUUUCUGGUCCGAGGGUCAGUCCUGAAAUAGAGACUCAGUUUAACAUCAGCGGUCAAUCAUUAGAUCUCAAGGCCUCAGCUCACACCCAAAGUGAAAAAGAUCAAAUGUAAUGAUAUAAGCAUAGCAAAGGUAAAGGGUAUAAUUAUAAAGUUUGGGAGGAUUUGCUUCAUAAAUAUCCUUCAGUGAGGCAUGGAGUGACUGUGUGUUAAACUGAGUCAGUGGUGUGAGGAAUCACUACAGCAGUGUAUAAAAAUCUUUUCAUGACAAAUAUAUCAACAAAUGACUGGUUGCGCCUGAAUAGCAGUAAUAACUGUUUUAUUACACACCACACAUUUUGAACAUGAAACAUUAAAUUCAAUAAAUGAAAUUCAGAGUAACACUGCCAUCUGAUGGCAGCGGGCAUUGAAACGGACCAAACGGUAUUUUUUUUAUGCUCCUCAGACACAAAUUUGUGUAUAAUUUAUAAAUGUCUGAAUGACUGUAGGUCAAGAGUGUGUGUAUUAGUGUUAAUCAGUCUGUUGUCUUUACUGUGUAGGCUUGGCCUACUGAAAAAUAUCAACACCAGCAGGAAUAAAGCCAUCGACUGAAA